GAGAGAGAGAGCAGCAGUCAGACCAUGAGCCAGCAUGCUGCUUCUGCUGUGUCGCUGACAAGUCUGCACCUUGUUCACAUCGACAGUUAAACUUUGGAUAACAUUUUACUUUUCUUUUUUUUUUCAAAUAUGACAUAACAUUAUUUUUUUGUGAUUAUAUCAUUUUUAAUCCGUUGGAAACCAUCAAUCUAAAAAAGCAAUGAGCGCGUCUUCAGGAACAGGAGUGUUCGUGUUCUCGUUGAUGUCCAUACCCAUUUGUUAUCUGUCCAACUCCUUCAUCCACAACAGCAGUGCUGAUGCUUUGCUCUUCGCUGGAUGCACGUCACUCCUCAUCCUGGCGGUUUCAACCCGUUUCAUGAUUAAGAAGAAAGCUCCAGUAGAUCCUCUGUUCUAUGUGUACGCUGUGUUUGCGUUCCUCAGCGUGGUCAACCUGAUCAUCGGGCUGGAGCAGGACAACAUCAUCGAUGGAUUUGUGACGUUUUACCUCAAAGAGGCAGAUCCACAUAUUAACACGGCACACGGACACAUGAUCUCGUACUGGGACGGCUGUGUGCACUAUCUCAUGUAUCUGCUCAUGAUUGCUGCCAUUACUUGGGGGGACAGUUACCGAGCCAUUGGACUCUACUGGAUGGGAUCCUUUCUCAUGCGUGCCAUAGUCUACAUUCUUGGGAAUGCUGUGGGGAAAUAUGGGACCCAUGUUAGUCCUCUCUUUUUCCUCCACAUGCUGUAUAUCUUGGUGGCUGUGUGGGCCUGUUUCCGCGUCUUCAGUCAGCCACAAUCACAAGAUGUUCAGGUGAAUAGCAUCCAGGAGGCCCAAAGACAGAGUUUACUCGACAGACCUCUGGACUUACUCUUUGUCCUGUACCUCAUCCCUGCUUUGGCUUUCAGCACCUUCAGAGGCCUGGUUGUUCUGGACUGUUCCAGCAAAUACUGUCAAGACUACACACAGAUGUAUGAGCCUUACCUGAAAGAUCCCUCAGCCUACCCUAAGAUCCAAAUGCUGGCGAGUAUGCUGUACUCUGGCCCAUACUACAUCAUUACGCUCUACGGGCUGUUGGUCCCAGGAUGUGAGUGGAUGACCGACCUCACGCUUGUACACUCAGGAGCACUGGCACAGGCCCAGUUCUCUCACAUCGGCGCGUCGCUGCACACUCGGACGCCGUUCUCCUACAGAGUGCCUGCUGACAACCAGCUGCUCUUCUUGUUGAUCAAUGUCCUGUACGCUCUGGUGCCUCAGGCUCUGUGCUACCGCUGCUGCAACAGGCCUGUCUUUUUCCUCAGGCCAACGCCGGAGAAGAAAAGUGAUUGACUGGUUGAGUGUCAGCUAGGGAGAGGAAAGCAGAAAGUAAGAGAGAUAGAAAAAAGAAAGAAUGCCAGGGAUGUGGAGGAUUUGAAUGAAAGACUGAACUGCUAGAGUGUUCUGCUUCUGUUAUUGGCAGUUGCUAUUUUUGGAAACAUUGUCCCCUCAUAUAAAUAUAGUGGGGGCUAAGUGGACAGUAUUGGAAAAUGGACAAAAAUACUCAGGUGUUGGCAAAGAUGCUGUCAUCUGUCAUCAUUUGUUUUGUUGAUUACUUUCAAAAUAAAAGCACCAACAAUAAUGAUGCAGUGUCAGGGCACAGAUAAUAGACCAGGUUAUGGGUUUGAAACUACCUGACAUUACUUAUUGUUCUUAUAUUUUCUUAAAGGUUUUGGUUCCAAAACCUGGUUUGUCAAAUAAAGAAAUAAUUCAAA